UACAUGAACAGCAUGUUAAGAACAGAGAGAAAGAUGGAGGAUGGGCAGAGAAAGCAUGGAUUCACCCGGAGAACAAGCUGCAGCAAAAAGAAAAAAAGAAACCUUUCCCAUCAUCAUAUUAAGUGUGUGAAUAUUUUAGGCAGACAACAUGAUGCUCUGUAAACUCUGCAAAUGGGAAAAUGCUUAUCACAGACAAGUUAAUCUGAUGAUUAAACUUCUCACCAUCAACUAAAAAUAAUUUCAGCUCCAAAGUGAGUGUAUUUACUAAAAGUUUCUGUAUUUCUGUUCUGAGUGACUUUCUAUUUGUCCUCCACAACUCUGCAACUCAUUAUAUUUUUUAUAGACUCACUUUGAUUCACAUUUUAUGUUUGGCUUGAGUCGAGGUCAUAAAAAUAUCUGAUAGAAAUAAGAAAACUUGAGGAGAAAAGAGACAAAUUGAAUAUACUGUGGUGCACAAAGGUGCAAAUGCAAUCAGCAGGAGAGAGACUUUGGACAAACAGAACCUGUGAGUGAGAACUUCACCUGGAAAAAUCAGGGAGGAGAUGAUAUUCCCAAUAAAAUGUCAGAUUUGUUAAGUAAACUCUAGAUUCCAGGUAACCUGGGUGGAUCCAUCCAUCUGAAGCCAAACCAUCCACUGACCCGAGCCAGUCAACAAAGUGCUGCUGCACCUUUUCUAGACUCUCCCUUUAUUAUUAAAAGCAGGUGUAACGAACACCACAAACAAACCUUUGUUCUUGUGCUAACUUAAGAAACCCGAGAGCCACAAUUACAAUACCAACUCUAAUUUAACUGUACAGGACCAUUACAUAAGACCACACUCCAUUUCUAUGGAAAGUAUGCACGCAGGAAUGUAAAGUGGUAUCUCAAACUUUCCUUUGUAGGUAUCUUUGUUAUGAUUGUUCUGACUUGAAACAGCAUCUCGCUUCGUGCCAGCCAUCUGGAGACUAUUAUAGGUUAUAAAACAGCUGCACAUGCAGGAGUGGCUCCUUUUCCUGCCACCGCAGACUGAAAAACAAUAGAGACGUCUGGGAGCGCGCAUGGAUCGAACCUCGCCUCAUGCCACGUUGUUAAACGUUCACCUGUCAGACAUCUAAUAGGACAGAACAAGCAGCUUUUUUGCUUAUGAUUUGUUUGCACGUCCAGCUGCGAGUCGACUGUCACAACAUCAGCCCUCGGUUUGUGUUCAAAGCAGCAGAGCGGCUGAGUUCUCCCACUGCGUCGUCUUCCUGCUCAUUUAGGGUUAAAUUCUCACAGACACUUGACUUCCUCUUGCAAACCUCUCGCUCUAACACCCUGGCAAGCCCUCCUCGUUUUUUUCCCCCCAAGUAAAUGUUAUAAAUAGAGCUGUGUGUUCUGUUGACUGGCCAUCCUCCUCUCAAAGUGAAUGUCUCGGCCCACCUUUGCUCAGUCACUCACCUUUUUUCGCUCCUUCUCUCUCUCUCUUUCUCUCUCAACACACAAACACACUUCAGCUCAACCUCUUGACUUUCUUGUUCUUCUCUUCCUCUUGAGUUCUUCUCUAUGAGACUUUUGACUGGAUUUUUCUGCUUCAGCAUGCGCUGCGUGAGAUGGUUGUUGCUGGGGACCUGCCUCCUGGUCCUGGGCCCCGCGGUGCAGGGAGCCCCGACUCAGUGCCCCAGCCUGUGCCACUGCCACGGUGACCUGCAGCACGUCAUCUGCGACAGCGUCGGGCUGAAGAAGAUCCCCCAGGUGUCAGAAGUCACCCGCCUGCUGAACCUGCAGAGGAACAACCUGGGUAGCAUCCCCACAGGCGCCUUCAGUGAGAGCAAAGGGCUGAUCUCUCUGCACAUGCAGCACUGCCAGCUCCGAGAGAUCGGAUCCCAGGCCUUCAAGGGCCUGAAGAAGCUCAUCUACCUCUACCUGUCCAACAAUGAGAUCAGCAGCAUCAAGCCUGGCGCCUUCGAGGACCUCACCGAGCUCACCUAUCUCUACCUAGAUGAGAACAAGAUCAGCGACCUGACCAAAGGCAUCUUCUCCCCCAUGAUCAACCUCUUUAUUCUGCAGCUCAACAACAACAAGCUGCGGGAGCUGCGCCCGGGGACCUUCCAGGGCACCAAAGACUUGCGUUGGCUGCACAUGAGCGGGAACGAGCUGACGACCCUGCAUCCGGGCUCUCUGGACGAUGUGGAGAACCUCGCUAUCCUCCACCUGGACAGGAACAAGAUGUCCACCUACCCCAGCGCGGCCAUGAGCAAACUAAGAGUGGUGGAGGAACUCACGCUGGGGAAGAACCCCAUGAGGACCAUCCCUGAAAACGCCUUCCAGAGCUUCGGGCGAUACAUGGAAAAACUAUACCUGGACAACAUGGGUCUGGAGAAGUUCAGUGAUGGUGCUUUUACUGGCGUGACGGCGGUCAAGUCGCUGCACCUGGACAACAACAGGCUGAAGUCGCUUCCCAAAGGAUUUGAUUUCAGCACCAUCACCAACCUCACCCUCUCCAACAACCCAUGGAGCUGCACAUGCCAGCUCGCUCCACUGCGCAGGUGGAUGGACUCCACCCGCAAUCCCCCGGAUGCAGUGUGUGCUUCUCCACCUCAGCAGAAAGGAAAACAAGUCAGGGACAGCACCGCCUUCAGUGGCUGCCGGGCGAAACAAAAGAGAACCAAAAAGGGCACUCGUCACUGAACACGCAGCUGUACAGGAGACGCCGAGGAGGAGCCUGUCCCGGUGACCGGCUGCACAUGCAACGAAAGCAAUGCUAACUCGUUCUACUUCAAGACUGUCCAUCUAUUCGUCUGCCAAAUGUUGUCACUAGUGUAAACACAGACAAAAUGUAGAUACACAUGCUCUCUGUCUGUUUCUCUCACACACACACGAACACACAAAGAGCUUUACAGACCUUUCAUUUUCAUUCAUUUAUAUCAAAGAUGAAGACUUACGUAUGAAGUGGAAAUGUUCAGGUAAACACCAAAACAAAGGAUGCAUUUGACUAAAUGCAAGGCUAAAAAAAAAAAAAAAAAGCAUUAAAGGGUACAUGUGUCGUCUUUUUCUGCUGCAUUCAGUACCUUAGAGAACAGGAUACGGAAAAAGAAAUACAAAAAAGUUCCACUGUGUUGUUUAGCAUUAAAAUAACGUGAAGUCAAAUCAGAUGAGCUUAAAUAGAAAUGUUCAACAUUUUGGGAAAUAUGCCUAUUUGCUUUGCGGCACACAGUAAGAAGAGAAGACUGAUGCCAACCUCAUGUCUUAGCUUAGCUUAGCAUAGCAUAAAUACUGGAAACAGCAAGCCUGGAGCUGUCGAGAGGAAACACGAUCUGCCUAUGAACACCUCCAUCACAGCCAGGUUAGUGAAAGUGGUAACAGAACCAUUUCCAGUCUGUAGGUUGUUGGGUUGUAGCUCAGAGGUGGUUAUUGUUGUUUCCUGUAUCUGUUUCCAAUAACCGGCUAAUCUGGUAACAAUAUUCUCAUCUAACUCUUGAUGAGAAAGCAAAUACUCAUUCCUCCCAAAAUGUCCAACUAUGAAAGCUAGAGCAAUGUAUUUUUAGUCCACAUGGGGGCAGUGAGACCAACGUAAAACACAACAGUUUCCUCUUCAGACAUCCAGCAGACACGGAGCAGCUUGAUCAUUCAUUUGGAGCUGUGUUUCAAUAUUCACUCUCCUUUUAGCUCUGCAUCGGUUCAACUAACUCCUGAAUGAAAUACCUGGUUCUUUAGCUGCUGAAUGUUUCACUGAGUGCCUGCCACAACUGGAAACAAGGCUAAUGAGAGAAACUUAACAAAAACAUGCCAAACAAGCCGAAAGAAGCUAAAAAUCUCAGCACAGCAGCAGCAUCAUCCUGGUGUCACAAUCCAUGAACAAAGCAGAAAUGAAGCGUCUAAAAUAUAUGACGCUCCUUUAUUCUGGUUGUUUAACUACUAGAAAUAAAAAUCCUCCAGCAGUCGCUCAGUCAGACAAAUACACUCUUUACCCUGUUUUCUAUUUUGUGAAAACAUCCAAGAAAGUUAAAGUGAAGACGAGAAGGACACGGCGACUGAAGACCUGUUUAUCCGAGAGAUUCGAGAGACGAUGAGACUUUGACGAUGUGGGUGAGAUUAACAGGCGGAUUAAUGCAAACAAUGUCCAAGUUGUAUUUGUCUUUUGGUGCCAUUUUCCCUGUAUGAAGUUAUUUUAACGUCACAAAAGAUCUAUAAAACUGGAUUUAGCUCAUUUUUGCUAAGAAUGUACACAAAAAAGGAAUUCAAGGAGAUUUGAAUAUGUUAUAAAAAGUCAUUGCGUCUUUUACUAAAUACAAAUUAUUUGUACCGUACUUAUUAUUUUAACACUUCAACUGGAAGAACCGUUUCUUGCACACCAGCUAUAAGCGUCACUGACUUGUUGACUUUAUGUAUCUCUUAUGUUUAUUCAAUAUCUCUAUAUUUCCUGGACUUUUGGAAGUGUUAACAAAAGCUCACAUCCAAUAAACAUUUUA